AUGUCUCCAUCGAGGCUUUUUGCCGUGGCUGCGGCUACUUUUGCAUUCAUUGCUCCUGCUGCCGCUCUCUAUGAUGCAUCGUCACCUGCAAAUUUGGCUUUGUAUUGGGGUUCCGGGCCAUCUCAAACCAAUCUUUCGUAUUACUGCGAGCAAUCUACAGUAGACAUUAUUCCAUUGGCUUUUAUGAAUGUUUUCCCAGCACAAGGUGAUGGCUAUCCAGCCGAGAACUUUGGUAAUGCUUGUUAUGGUCAACCAAUCUUCACACCAGGUCCAGGUUAUCCAUUGGGGGAUGUAGACACUUCGAAAGAUCAGCUUUACGUUCAAUGUCCAGGCAUUCAAGAGGGAAUUCCUUACUGUCAAUCAUUGGGAAAGAAGAUAUUACUUUCUCUUGGAGGAGCCUCCAACACUUAUCAACUCACCGGUGCAGCUGAUGGAGAAUACUUCGCCGAUUUCUUAUGGGGAAGUUAUGGACCUUUCAAGCAAUCUUGGUUGGAUGCUGGUGGAAUUAGACCAAUGGAUGGUGGUUACUAUGGAACUGACCCUAGUGUUCAUAUUGAUAUUGAUGGAUUUGAUUUCGAUAUCGAAUUUGGUUCUACUGACUACUCCGAAGGUUACAUUGCAAUGAUCAACAGACUCCGAGAACAUUUUGCCGAGAACCCAUCGAAGAAAUACUUCAUUUCAGGAGCUCCACAAUGUCCAUUGCCAGAGCCAAAUAUGGGAACCAUGAUUGCUGGUGCCCAAUUUGAUCUUUUAUGGAUUCAAUUUUAUAACAAUGCCCCAUCUCAAUGCACCGCUCGUCAAUGGGCCGACAACUAUGCUUUAACUGGACAAGACGACUCUGUAGGAUUUACCUAUGAUAAAUGGGUGUCAACCAUUAACAGUGGUGCGAGUGCUGGUGCCUCAAUCUAUCUUGGUCUUCUCGGUUCUACCUUGGCAGGAACCGCAUCUGACUACAUUUCUCCACUCGAGGCUCAAAGUUUGAUUGAAUCUUAUCACGACAAACCUCAAUUUGGAGGUGUCAUGAUUUGGGAAGCUACAUAUUCUCAAGAAAAUACAGAUGCAGAACUUAAGGGAGAUUCUUACCACGGAUUUAUUAAGUCUUGCUUGGAUUCCUACGCACCACCUCCUCCCACUUCGACAUCCUCGAUUGUUCACAGUACUACUAUUAGUAGUUCUAGCUCCACUUCAGAAGUUUCCAUUACUUCCAGUGUCCCAACAUCGACUGAAUCAUCUGCUGCUGCUAGUAGCACUGUGGUCUCGAUCUCAACUACUUCGACCUCGGUUUCGGAAUCUUCUGCCACACCAACUUUGAUUUCCUCGGAAUCUUCUACUGCUACAUCUUCGAGUUUGUCAGAGACUUCAACUGCUACAUCUUCGAGUUUGUCAGAGACUUCAACUGCUACAUCUUCGAGUUUGUCAGAGACUUCAACUACUCCAUCGCUUACUUCUACAUCAGCUUCGGAGACCUCGACCGCCAUAUCCUCUUCAUCAUUGGAAACUUCCGCUGCAGAAUCUUCGACUUCCUCUGAAGUUUUGCCAACUCAAGCAUCAUCUGGCUACACCAUUCCAGGAUACUCUCACAAUGCGACAUCUUCUUUGACCCAUUCGCAAGUUCAUUCCUCGAAGCCAGCUGGAAGUGGCACAUUGCCAGUUCAUUCUUCAAAGCCCACUGCUAGCUACACUUUCACCGGACAUUCUUCCAAAUCUACAAGCAUCGCAACAGGCUACACCUCGAAGUCUCACUCCGCUAAGCCAUCGUCUAAAGCAUCUUCUGGUUACACUUCAGUAUACUCCUUUAAUUCUACUACCAGUGGAGUUGCCCACUCGUCCAAACCAUAUUCCACCAAGUCUGUUGUCACAGGUACUGGAGUAUCUACCAAGCCAUACCCAACUAAGUCUUCUGUUGCCGGCACUGGGGUUUCAAGCAAGCCAUAUCAUACCAAGUCUUCUGUAGUUGGUACUGGAGCAUCCACCAAGCCAUACCCUACCAAGUCUUCCGUCGUUGGUACCGGUCAAUCUAGCAAACCACGCCCUACCAAAUCCCUUGGAACUGGUGUUAAGUCUUGCAAGAGCAGAUCCAAGACUAGGACCAAGACCAAGACUAAGACAUCAUCUGCAGGCCCAUCUGGAUACCCGGGAUCUACCUCUUCCAUCGUUAUCUCAUCUACUGCGCCAUACGGAAACAGUACCUACAGUCACUCAGAAACUAUUCCAGCUUCCACCGCCACAUCUUCAGUCGAGGGAAUUACUGUAUCUUCAGGUACUGCCACUGAAACUGGACCUGGAUUUAGUGCAACCGACUCAACCGUGGUGGGAUCUUCGACAAUUGGUACCAGUGAGCUCCCAACUGGAUCUACUACCAACAGCGGAUCUGUAACAUCAGAAACUGGUUCUGUCUCCGCUAGUGGAUCUAUUUCAUCCGGAGUUGGUUCAAUAACUUCGGCCAUUCAAUACACUACUUCGACGGCCUAUGUUACUACAGUCUAUACAAUUACCUCCUGUGCCGCAACAGUUACUGAUUGCCCGGGAAGAAUUGGUUCUGUAACCACUGAAACUAUCUCCUCCUACACCACUGUCUGCCCGGUCACCGCAACCGCCACCUCAACCUCUUCUGCUGAAGGGAUUUCCGUAUCUUCAAAGUCAUCUUCGGCCCCAGGAGUCACUGCAUCACAAACAGCAUCUUCUUCCGCUCAAGGACUUACCACAUCUCCAAUAUCCUCAUCUUCAGCUCAAGGAAGUGCUACAUCACCAAGUACUUCAGUUGUUCAAUACACCACCUCUACAGCUUAUGUGACCUCUGUUUAUACCAUCACAUCUUGCGCAGCAACCGUAACCGAUUGCCCAGGAAGAAUUGGUUCUGUAACCACCGAGACAAUUUCCUCUUACACUACCGUUUGCCCCGUAACAGAAACCAGUGGAAAUAGUGGCAUUGUUAGCUCGACAUCUUCCUCCGCUGGAGUACCCGUUUCAACCACAGCAAUUACUUCGUAUGGAACUUCAACGGUCUACCAAACAUCUGUUUAUACCAUCACUUCAUGUGCUCCAAGUGUAACGGAUUGUCCAGCUAGAUCCGGUCAAGUCACAACUGAGACUAUCUCAUCAUACACUUCCGUGUAUCCAAUCACUGUUUCUAGCGCUCCUAUAAAUGUACCUACCUCCGGAGCUUCUUCUGCUGCCGGAAUCGAAACUUCAGUACCAACUGUCAAGGUUUCCUCCACCGCUGCCGUUUUCACCUCAGCCCCUUCAGUUGGAGCUUCAUCCAUUGCCGGUGUAUCGUCGGCAAUUCCAACCAAGGGAGCUUCUUCCGCCGCUGGCAUCGUGACCUCAGUCCCAGUCAUCGGAGCAUCCUCACCCGCCGCUACUCCCGAAGCCGCAUCACCAACAAGCCUCUACACAACCCUAAUCUCUACCCUUAUCAAUUCUCAAACCACCACCAUCUCCGCCAUCAUCGCUCCCUCAAUCAUCACCGUUGUUCCCGUCGCAAUCGCAUCCCCAUCUCCAGCCACCAGCAUCGCACCACCAUAUAGCGUGGCGCCACCAUAUGGUGCUGGAAACGGUACCUUGGUCGCCACUGGUACCGCAUCGUCAAUCACGAGAGUGCCAAAACCAAGUUCGUAUGUGGUUAAGGCAGAGGGCGAGAGUACUAGUGUGAAGAGUGGAAGUGCGACGACGCAGACGUCCGUGGCGAGUCCGAGCGCGGUUACUUUUGAGGGGGGUGCGGAGAAAUUGGUCAAGGGACUAGGUGUGUGGGUUGCUGUGGGUAUGAUGGGUUUGCUUCUUUUUAUCUAG